UGAUAAUUUUUCAUAAAUGUACACAUCACUCGAUUCGGUAUUUUUUUGUUAUUUUUCAGCUAAUUAUUAAACGAUUUAAAUUCUGUAUCUAAAAUAAUAAAAACGUUUCGAUUAUGUUUUUUAUCAGAACAUAUAAAUUUAUAUUUACUUUAUAGUUUUAUUUUUUAAUAAAAAUAAUUUAAGUACGUUCAUGGCUCAUGCAUACAUAUGGUCUUGUUACUCGCUGUUAUAACCAUUUACUUAUAUGUAAUUAAAAACUGUACCGUUUGUUAGCAAUGGAUUUUCGAGCAUUGGAAAACGAAAAUCUACCGCCUCUGUCAAAUCCUACUGAAGUGCCGUUGCCCAAGUAUCCAAUUUGGACAGUUGAGUAUUUUCAAAAAUAUUUUGAUGUUACUUCGGAAGACGUAAUUGAACGCAUUAGAGGGGCUCUGAUCCCUUCCUAUGGAGUCAACUACUUACAGCGCUAUAUUAGAGCAAAACCUGACGUAUAUGGCCCAUUCUGGAUAUGCUUGACUUUAGUUUUUUCUAUUGCCAUUAGUGGAAAUGUCGCAAAUUACAUUCAAGUAGCUGCUGAUCAUGACUACAAUUGGAAAUAUAAUUUUCAUGCUGUAUCUUCAGCAGCCACAGCAAUAUUUUUAUAUGCUUGGUUACUACCAUUAAUACUAUGGGCCUUUAUCAAAUACAAAGAGCCACAGGUAAUUGUUACAAUACUAACUAUGUUAUAUAAACGAGUGUGUUUUUAAUUCAGUUUUGGAAUGUUGUUUAAUAUGUGUUUCUGUUAAUUAAGAGAAACUUGGAAACAAUUUAAAAAGUUCAUACAAAUUUACUUUCCUUAAAAAUUAUAGUAUAAUAGCUAUUUAGGCAUCUACAUUUUGUAAGACCGCCCAGGAAAUUUGGUAAAAAAAUAGUGUCUGCACUCAAAAUAUUUUUUUAAGUAUGCUCACUUUAUUUUUGUGGUUAAAUUACGCAUACAUUUAAAUUCUGAUUUUUAGAACUUUGGAGUGUAAUGUGAGAUGAUAUUUUAAUAUACUUCAUUAAAAUAUAGAUUUUUCAUCAUAUUUAAGUAGUAUUCUGUGGCAAUUUUAAUUUUGAUCCUACAUGUUUUAAUGCAAAUUGUAAAUCAGAUGAUUUUUCUCAAAAUAUUGACAGAUUUUAAUCAAAAAAUUGUAGAGUUUUCCACUUUAAAUACUAAGGAUAAUAAACUGGUUUUUCGAUUACUAUGAUUCAAAAUAAGAAAUUAACUACAAAGGUAAUCAAUCUAUUGUAAGACACUAACUAUCUUGAGAAGUAUUAACUUUUUUCCAAAUUUAUUUCAUAGAUAAUUUAUGAUACAAUCAAUUUUCGAGGAUAAAACCACUACCUAAUUUUGAUUUUAAAAUGACGUCCUAUAAUAAAAAUUCCCUAAAUAAAUGAAGUAUUAGUUAAAAUAAAUUUUGGUGUUGGCAGUUUUGAUUUUCGUCAAUAUGUUGACGAGAUAUUCCACUUUUAAGUUUUAGGUUGAGGAGAUUAUUUGUAGGGCAAAUUUUAAUAUUACACCAUUAAAAGUAGGUUGUGGUUUUACCCUCAAAAAUAGGAGUGACAAAAAAAUAAUAUAGAUGUAAAAUUGUAGAGCUGUUUAUUUCUUAGAUUGUCUAUAAACCAAAUUCUUAAUAAAGUUGAAACUUUCAGAUAUAAUGAGUACCUUAAGAUAAAUUGAUCACUAUGUAUACAACGCAUGUGAAACAGUCAGUGUUCAAUCCCUAUACAAGUUGUAUAUCCUUAGUAUUUAAAACAGAAAUAUCCAGAAACUUUUCAUUUGUUCAAAUUUUGAUUACAAUACAUACACAUUUUCUAGAAAAUCAGCAUUGAAAUAUGUAGGUUCUCAUUCAAAACUUAAGUUGAUAUUGCUACAGGAUACUUUUUAAAUGCUAUGAAAAAUCUAAGUAUGUGAAAAUACACUUAAAAAUUCAAAAAAUCAAAAUUUGAAUUUAUAUAUAAUUCAACCAUACAAAUCACUCUAUGUAAUCAAUUGGUCUAUUUUUAAUUGUAGAUUAAAUACCUACAUUUCAAAUGUAUGCUUUUUUUUAACAGUUUUCAUAGGCUCAUUUUUUUUUUAACAAACUGUGAGACAAGUUGUAAUAAAUUUAAGAGUAUAGUUUUUUUUAUUAAAUCCAACUUUUAUAUUUAUCACUUGACAUAUAAGGAUAAAUUAAAUUAAAUUUUAAUUUUAAUUCUAUUUGUAAUUGUAAUUGAAUUUUGAAAACAUUUUAUUUUAAUCUAAUUUAUACUUUUGUUUACAAUUUAUUUUAUAUUAACAAAAUACAUUUUUGUUUCCUUUAUAGGAAACAGAAAAUUAAAAAUAUAUACUAUUAAAUGAAUUAAUUUACUUUUUUUUCUUUUGUGGUUUUUAAUAUAAUUAUUUAUUUUAAAAUUAAAUCUAUUUUAUUUCUUAGUUUUAAUUGUGUCAUCAUUUUUGUUUGUUUUUCAGUUCAGCCUCAGCUACUUAGAACUUCUGUGUCUGUAUGGAUAUGCCUUAUCAAUAUUCAUACCGAUAUCAGUUUUAUGGGUAAUACAAAUUAAUUGGUUGCAAUGGCUUUUGGUUGCAGCUGGCACCUUAGUGUCAGGUUAUGUUAUUGUAUCUUCAAUUAUGCCUUCAUUGGGACAGAAACCAUUUGCUUUUAUAUUUUUAAUAACAAUUUUGCAUUUAUUUAUGGGAACCGGAUUUAUGUUGUACUUUUUCCAUGUCCCUCCUAUUCAAAAAUCUUAAUCAUUAAUAAUGUUUAUAAAAAUAUAACCAAAUUUACAUGUUUAUGUUUAAUGUGUAAUAUAAAUUAUAGUAUAAUAAUAAUGUAUAAAUAUUCAAAUAAUAUAUAAAUGAUAAAUUGAAAUAUACAUUAUCAAAAAAACACGUUUACAAUUCAAAAUUGAACUACUAAAUCACCCUUGUGUUCUACACUCAUAGAAGAUAACAGUCUCUGUAUUUCAUUUAUAUGAACCAGAAUGCAACGAUAGUUCCCUGGUAGGCCUAUAUUUCUAGAUAGUACUUUAUCAGGACCAGGAACAUCUUUCAACAAGCAAGCAGAAUUUUGUCUUAAACUGACAAUAGUAUGAGCAACGGAUGAAAGUGGUACAAUUUGUAGUUUGGCGUUGUAUAGAUUUUGACGUUCAAUUAUCUCUUGUUGGUCAAUGCAGUUGUGAAGGGCACCAACAUCGAUAACAUUUCUGAGAAAAAAAAAAUUAUAAAAAUAUGGUUAA